GGCGCGAGCUGGAGCUCCUUCCCGCCACCAGAACCCAAUUCUACCUCGUCCGCAUCCCGCCGGAGUCGAGGCCGGGUGCGCGCACCUCCGUCCGCGAGUCAGGCCCCCCGCCUCCUCGGCGCGCCCACCGCGCCGUCCGCGGCGGCGAGACCGGGUCCCGCGCCAGCCCAAGGCGCGGCGCCGUCUCUUUCCGCAACGCUGCUGUCACUGUCGCGGCUGUCGCGCGCGGAGACGAGCGGCACGAAGCGCAUGGUAGCCAUGGUUGCCGCGUGGGACGCCAUCGCCUCGCGCCUCCCGCCCUCCGCUGACGGCAGAGCGGGAGCACCAGGAAGCGCAGCGGGAGGUGGCGGCGUGCAGACGGUCCUGGCGGCGCUGAGGCUCGCGCUGAUGGCGCAGCAGCAGCAGGAAGAGCGAGGAAGGGGCAAGGCCGGGCAGGUGUGGCGGCGCGAGACGGUUCGGGUGGCGAAUGAGGAGAGCGGGUCAGGGGGGGACGGCAGAGACGCGUUCACACGAGGCGUGGCUGUUGCUGCCAUACUCGCUGACUUGCGAAUGGAGCCGGAUGUGAUUGCAGCGGGGUUGUUGUCCGACCCAGUGCAGCGCGGCCACGUCACCUUGCCGCUCGUGCACGCGCACGUGUCCCCCGCCGUGGCGCGCCUGCUGCAUGACUGCGCGCGCCUGCACCGCCUGCCCAAGCGCGUGCGCGCGCUGGACGACGACACCGCCGCCGCCGCGCGCCAGUUCGCGCUCGCCUUCCACGACCCGCGCGCCGUCGUGCUGCAGAUCGCCGCAAAGCUCGACGCCAUGCAGCACCUCUCCGCGCCGCUUGCGCCACCCUCCCCGCCCCUCUCCCCCUCCGCCUCGACCUCCCCCGCGCCUUCCCCUGCGCCCCCCCCAAAGGCGACCCCGCGUCAGCAGACGGAGGCCCUAGAGGCGAUCCAGGUGUGGGCCCCACUCGCGCACACGCUCGGCAUCGGCGCGCUGACGUGGCAGAUGGAGGACGCUGCGCUCCGCCACCUGUUCCCGCGGUCAUACGUGUCCAUCCAGGCGUGGGUGGCGGCGCAGUGGCCGGGCGGCGGGGAGAGGCUGGUGGGGGAGGUGCGGAGGCGGGUGGAGGAGGUGUUGGCGGGGGACGCGCAGCUGCGGGGCGCGGUGGGCGGGUGGGUGGUGAGCGGGCGCGUGAAGAGCAUGUGGAGCGUGAUGAAGAAAGUGCUCCGCGACGGCCGCCCCCGCACGCGCGUCAACGACCUCUUCGGCCUCCGCAUCGUGAUCUCCCCCCGCGCGCGCGCUGGUGGCGCGGAAGGGGAGAACGCGAGGGAGGCGGGCGGGGCGAGGGGAGCUGCGGGGGAAGGGAGUCCGCUGGGGGAGGGGGAGGAGGAAGAGGCGGAAAGGGAGGCGGCGGAGGCGUGUUACCGGGUGCGGGAGCUGCUGUUGCAAGAGUGGCGGGAGGACGCGGCGCGCAUGAAGGAUUACAUCGCGCGCCCCAAGGGCAACGGCUACCAGAGCCUGCACAUGGCGCUCAAACUGCCCUUCAGAGGCGCGCUCGCAGAGGCGGAAGCCGAGGCGCGCAGAGGGGAGGAAGGGGAGGGGGGAGGCGAGGGGGAGGAGCGGGUGGUGGAGGUGCAGAUCCGCACAGCGCGCAUGGAGGAGGAGGCGGUGAGGGGCGGGGCGGCGCACGGGCUGUACAAGGGCGGGAGCAGAGUGAGCCAGGACCAGGUCCGAUCCUUUUACACUGCAAUGGUCUUCCAAAGUGCCUGCCUGUGCUCUCCUCCCCUCACCCUUCACCCAUCCAAACCCCUCUCGUUCGUCCUGUCGUUCCUUCGUCUCAGUCUACCCUCCCAUUCCCCCCCUCGCCCCCCUUCCCCGCUCCUUCCCCGGCUCCCUCACGCUCUCUCCCCCCUUCCCCUGCGCGGAGCGCAGAUGCAGCAGCUGAAGGGGGUGAUGGAGCUGCUGGCGGCGGCAGCGGCGGGCAGCAGGGCGGACCUCGGUCUGGGCCCGCGCUUCCCCAUGGCGCAGCUCGCGCAGGGCGCCGCCCUUGACGCUGACGUGGCCGCUGACGUGUCUGACGCCGUUGCUGCGGCGGCGGGGGUAGGCAGAGAGCGGCCGAGCUGGAGCAGGGGAGGCGAGAGUGAGGAGGUCGGGAGAUCGGAGUGGGAUGCAGUGCGGUUGAGAGAGCUGGAGGGGAGGCAGGGCGACGGGGAACUAGAGCAGGGGAGUAAAGGGCAGGAGAGUACUGGAAAGGCGAAUCAGGACACGGAGGUUAAGCAGGGGGGCGGGAAGGGGCAGGAGGAAGACGAGAAAAAGGAAGCGGAAGAGAACAAGGAGAACGAGGAGGAGAACGAGGAGGAGGAGGAGGAGGACCAUGACCAUUUCUUUGCAAUGCUGGAUCUGAACGGCGACGGGGUGAUCAGUGUGGAGGAGAUGAGCCAGUUCAUGCAGCAGCUGGGCGCGGGGGACGACAUCAGUCAGCUCUCCGGCAUGGCAAGUCCUGCAGGGGGGGAUGGCGAGGGCGGGGCGGGCGGGCGGGAGGCGGCGGAGGAGCUAGUGGCGCUGCUGGACGCGAACAUGGAUGGCAGCAUCUGCGCCAAGGAGUUCGCUGCGUUCAGACGCCAGGUGCGUGCACUGCACAGCCUAAGGGAGGCUGACCGCCAGUCCCAGGAGCAAACGUCACAAGCGCUCCUAUCCAAGCCAUUCACCCCCGCCCGCACCACUGCGGCGCUCGACAGCAGCAGCAGCAGCAGCACUACUGGCAGUUCACAAUCACAGCAGCUCAGGAGCUCCAGCCAGUUUCAGAGCAAUGGCGCUGCUGCUGCUGCGGCUGCUGUUGCUACUGCUAACACUGAGGACGUGGAUGGGUUGGGCGGAGAUGGGGGUGCAGGGGACGGGCGUGGCAGGGAUGGGUGGGAUAGCCGUGCGAUGGGGGUGACAGGGGAGCGGUUUGAGGGAGGAGGGGGCGGAGGGUGGGGUGAGGGCAGUGACGAGGAGAGAGAGGAUGUUGAAGGCAGGAGCGAUAGCAGUGGCAGCAGUCCGGUCGAUGGUGCUAGCAAGGCAGGUGCUGAGGGCAAUAUUUCAGAUUCCCCUGACUCCCCCGAGUCCCCCGCGACUCCCCCGUCUUCAUGGGAUGACAGUGUGGACUCUGAUUGGGAGGUCGUUGUUCCCUCCCGCAGCCCCUCCCCCUCCCCCCCCGCCUCCCCCACCGCCCAGUACUUUGACUCCUUCCAAGCGCCCUGGCCCGAGGGGAACGCGGACGGCGCGGGGGAGGAAGAGGUGCUUGGGGGGGACAGGAGAGGCGCGGGCAAGCAGGGGAAUUUGGUGAGGCUGAGCCUUGUGCGCCCAGAUGGGGCUGGUCGAGGGGGGACGGCAGGGGGGCAGCAGCAGAGGGGCGCGGAGAGGGGAGGGGACGGCAGCAGGGGAAGGCAGGGGGGGGUUGGGCAGGCGAGGGGUAGGGCUAGGUUGCAAGGGAGGCAGGUGCGAGUGCAAGGGGGAGUGAUGAAGAGCACGUGGGGAGAGGGAGGGGGUGUGGGGAAGGUUGGGCGCGUGCGGAUGGUGCAAGUGACCCGGUGGGGACAGAGGGACGCAGGAGAGUGGUUGCGGUGGGGGACCGGGAAACAAGCGGGCGGGUGGGAGGGGGAGUGGGAGAGGGAGGGAGAGGGAAAAGGACCAGGAGCGUUGGAGGAAGGGGAGGGGGAGGAGGAGAUGGCAGCGGUGGAGGGGGUGUUGAAGGUGGUGAGGCGGCACAUGGCGAGCAGGUCCGGGGCAGGGCUCACAGCAGCCCGGAAUAUGAUGGACGAGCUGUUGGCGCGCCAUCCCAGCAACGCCAACGUGCUUGUGCACAUGGCUCAGCUCGAGAGACAUGCAGGCAACACGGGGGCGGCGAGGCAGUGGUACGAGCGCAGUGCGCACUGCUUUGAAGCGAGGGGGCACCUGGGGAGGCAGUACGUGCGCACGCUGCAGGCGUGGGGCAUGCUGGAGGCCCUGGAUGGCCGCAUUGCUGCCAGCCGCCGCCUCUUUGAGCACUCGCUGCAAGUCGCCUGGAAGGCGGAGAGGCGGUCAGGGCAGCAGCAGGUGGGGGCGGUGGUGGUGGGGCUGCACGCAUGGGCCAUGGUGGAGCGGCGAGUGGGCAACUUCACAGCAGCGCGCCACCUGCUGCAGCGCGCCGAGCGCGUGGAGCCAGGCAACGCCGUGGUGCUGCAGGCACGUGCUCUGCUGGAGGCGGCUGUGGGGCACCUCUCUGCUGCAAGGCACUUCUUCAAACGCGCUGCUGCUGCUGACCCUGCCGAUGCUGCCUGCUGGCAGGCAUGGGCGGUGACAGAGGCGCGGGCAGGGCGUGUGGAUCGCAUGAGAGACCUCUUCACUGCUGCUCUCUCCGUGCACCCCUCCUCACUGCCCACACUGCACGCAUGGGCAUGUGAGGAGGCUCGGUUAGGGUCGGCCCAACCCCAGUCAUUGCAGCGAGCGCGAGACCUCUUCACACGCUGCCUCAACGUUGACCCGGAAUGCUCAUACGCACUGCAGUCAUGGGCAGUGAUGGAACAGAGGGCGGGCAAUGUGGCGCAGGCGCGCACGCUCUUUGACCGCUGCCUGCAGAUAGCACCCUCCUCCGUGCCCGCACUCCAGGCAUAUGCAGUGAUGGAGCGGAAGCAGGGCAAUGCUCUCAAGGCCCGUGCACUGCUGGCGCUCGCCCUCUCACUGCAGCCCAACAAUGCUGCUGUGCUGCAGGUGGCAGCGGAGUUGGAGCAGCAGCUGGGCAAUGAGGCAGCAGCACAGGCGCUGUACGUGCGCACCAACCGUGCGGACCGCAGCGCAGCCAGGAGGCGGCGGCGCAUGUUCGAGUCGUACCGGGACAUGCGGCGGGAUGUGCAGGGCGCAGAGGAGGCACGCGAGUGGAUGCUCAAGAGGCAGGCCAAACGCCUGCGGCGCAAGCUGCGGCAGAAGCAGCAGCGCAAGCAGGAGCAGCAGCAGCAGCAGCAGAGUGAGCAGCAUGCAGUGGUACUGGAGCAGGCAGGGGAUGGAGGGGAUGCAGGGAAGCAGCCAUGA